AUUUAAUGAAGGCGUGUGUACAGCACACGCCAAAUAGUAGAGCCAUCGUGCAUACCCGUUCUAUUGGGUAACACUCGAGUAGAGCCCCUUUGCAUCGGCGCCCUACUCCAACUCCACAAUUGAUGUUGCGGUCUUUCACUGUUACCACUACCCUAUUCCAUCAUAGCAUUCAAUUUGGAGACAAAUGAAAUCAAGGCCAGACCAUCCUCUUCGAAGGAUUCCAAUAUUCGACGCAAACGAGUAUAUCUUUUUGCGUGGAAGUAAAAUCAUAUUUUUGAAAUUAAUUCAAUUGCGUUGUUGUUUCCAUAGUUCAAUAUGAAUGAGCAAGGCCCGGCCCAAAGAACCUCAAACGAUGAGGUCCAGUCGUGCGUCUCUCUCCUCUAUACUCCAACCCGUCUUCUCGCUGCGCCCCAAAUCCUUCUGCUCCGCCGCGCCGCCCAAGCACAAGCACAAGCCCCAGACUCCCCUCCACCUUCGCCCCCCGGCCUUCCGCGUCACCCUCUCCGACCUCAAGCAAUGGCACGCAUGGGCCAAAACCCAGGCCUCCUCCGUGGGCUCCACUUUCUCGGCCCUCGACGGCGGCCCGGACUCCGACCUCCUCCUCCGGGAGCUCAAAUGGCUGGUCGAGGACGCGGUCGAGCAUCCCGCCCUGCUGGAUGGGGGCGGCGCGGCGCAGGUGGCGAUUAGGGCGCGAUUGGAGGAGCUGUACGAGCUGUGGAGGCAGAGGAUCCAGGAGAGGCGGCCGUUUCAGUACGUGGUGGGGUGCGAGCACUGGCGCGAUCUCAUCCUCAGCGUCGAAGAAGGCGUUCUCAUCCCCCGCCCUGAGACCGAAACGAUCGUGGAUCUGGUCGGCGACGCCGUGAAGGCCGACGGAGAGUUGAGGGAGGGUUUGUGGGCGGAUUUGGGGACCGGCAGCGGGGCGCUAGCGAUUGCGGUGGCUAGGGUUUUGGGCGGCGGCGGGAGGGUGGUGGCGGUGGAUUUGAGCUCGAUCGCUGCGGCUGUGGCGGGGUACAAUGUGGAGAGGUAUUGUCUGCAAGGGAAAGUGAGUGUGAGGGUGGGAUCAUGGUUUGAAGGUGUGGAAGGAGAAUUGAGAGGAUUGGUUAGCAAUCCGCCAUAUAUUCCGAGCCAACACAUCCAUGCGCUGCAAGCUGAGGUUUCUAGACACGAACCAGUACUUGCUCUCGACGGCGGACUUGACGGAAUGGAUCACCUUAUACACCUCUCUAACGGAGCAGCUUCAAUGCUCAAACCUCGUGGAUUUUUUGCAUUUGAGACAAAUGGUGAGACGCAGAGCAAAUUUCUUGUGGACUACAUGACAAAUCAGAUGAAAGGAAGAUUCUGCAGAUUAAAGAUUGCAUCUGAUUUUGCUGGAAUCCAACGAUUUGUCACCGGAUAUAAAGCUUGAGCUCAUAUUGGUUUUGUGGUUUAGCACUUGAGAAAACAAUCAAGAAUUUCAUCACUGUAAAAUCAAUGAAUUUUGAUAACACAGAAAGCAAUCGGGCAAGAUGCUAUUGCUAAUUCUUUAUUGCAUCUGCUCACUUGUUAGCAAA